AUGAACCAAAGCGAAGGAGAAGACAGCAAGAUUGGCGUAAAAUCUCCAGGUAUAUACAAUAAAUUUCUCAUUUUAGUAUUUCGGGUAUUUUAGCAAAGUUCAUGAAACUGUGUGUAGGAUAUAUUUCAAGACAAUGAAUAAUUUAUUCCAUCUGACCAAACCACAAAAACAGUUGAAGACUUGUGUGUUUGACCUAGAAUAAUAUUAUUGUUCUUGGCCUUGCCUGCAGUUAAAAAGGACAAAUCCUAUAUAUAGUAUUUGAAGAAGACUCUAAAAGAAACGAGAAUUUUUAGCAUUUGACAUUAUAUAUAGCUAGCUUACUCCCUCCAAUAACUUUUUGUUACUGCAUGAAAUGGUUUAAUCUUCUUGUAUGGUUUUGUGGCGGCCAUAGGCAAAAUUUGGAAUGAGGACAAAUUAAUUUGUGGUCGCAAUAAUGAGCCGCGAGACUUUGGCUAUGUGCUCAACACUGGAACCGUAAGCCAGUGAGCUCUCUAUAUUUAUCUGGAGCAAGAAAUUCACUCAUUCGGCCUAUGAAAAAAAUGGCGACCAUUGACGUGCAAUAAACAGUUUUAAUACCAUUUUUCCAGCUAAUUCCAGGUUUUCUAACGGACCGUAUAGUGUUAUUCUUUAAAUCGAUGUCAAAAUACGAAAAUAGCUCUUCAAUUUCCGCCAUAAUGCAUUGGUUGGUCCAGAUAUAUAUGGAGCACACUGGGAUGAUUGGAGUGAUUGUCCGGAUGUAAUGGCAGCAAUGAGAUUUCUAAGACAAAAUGACAUUGGAACAUUGUGACUGGAUGGCGUACAUUGUUGAUAUAACUUGUGCGAUGUUUUUGUAGAACGUAAAGAAACCGAACGAAAGAAUCCUGUAGAAAAACCGCGUGAAUGCAAAGCGAACGAUGAAGCGCCUGCAACCAAAACUGCGAAGAGAAGAGCCCGUCCUAGUGUGGAAGAGAUGAGAGAAGCGAAGGAGAAAAUGAGCGGCCUUGAACAACAACUCGCGAUACAGAAAACGAUGAUGGAAGAACAUCAAGGGAAAAUGGCCAUGCUGGAACAAUUGAUCAAACGACAAUGUUUGGUACUCAAAGAAAACGAUGAUCAGUGUAAUUAUGAGCAGCUGGCAAAGAGCGCUCCGGGUAAGUAGUUCAUUGAGUUUGCCGGCAUUUCCAUUUCAUUGUGUUGAGGAAGUCCAUGUGAUCAGUGAAAUAUAGGCUACGUUUACUAUACCGCCUACCGGAUAGCUUUCUGUAGCGGCGCGAAAAAGCACCUAUCCGAUACGGAAUGUACAACUUUGAGAAGCUGAGCGAAAUAACAUCUCUCCGUUGCAAUAAUUCCUCUGAAAAUAGCGUUCCUAAAAGGUACUGAAUAGGUGGGUUUUUUCACGUCGCUACGGAAAGCUAUCUGGCAGAGUGUAAACAUAGCCUCUGUUUGUCGUUGUAUGCAAAUCAGUCAGUACAAUGCAUAACACUAGCUUAAACAAUUGUGCAUCCGGUCGCGAUCCAGUGAUCAGACAAUUGUGACCAGAAUUUCCAUUGUCUUUCAUUGUUUUGAAAAUCCACACUGAGUCUUAUCCACCCAUCCCAUCGCUCGUUGUUUUAACAAAUUUUCGCCUUCUGUAUGUUUGAUUAAAGUCAUUGUUCAAGGCGCGAAGUUGCCAGCAGAUGUGGUCAACACACUUGUUGGAGAACUCAAAUUAAAUGGCAAUAUCUCAUUUAUUUGCCUCCAUAUAUUUUCAAGACCACUUCUAACGAAAAGAAUUGACAUUAAUUUCUCAGCCUGUAGGAAACCCGCUUAUUUGACCUUAUUUAAUAAAGUUAAACUCACCGCUACUUUUGUGACGUCAUUAAAGAAACAUUGAGCACUGACAAAAAUGCCAAUAAUAUUCUCCACAUGCCUCAUUUACAUACAUAUCUCUGUCGUAAUAAUAUGCCGUUUCAUCCCAGCUGAAUUGCGGACUAAUUAACGGCAUUACUUAUUGAUGUAGAAGGUCUUGAACCACGUUAGAUUACUAUAUCUAUCCUCUGCUUCGAGUCACCCAAAAAUCUUUGAACAGCGAGCUUCAUAUCUUGUUUACAGACACACAGACGUUUUGGGAACGGAUUGAAAACCAGUUGAGUUCAAUGAUUGAGAAGAAAGGUUACGAUAGCGGAGAAGAAACUUCGCUAACGAAAAUAAAACAUCAAUUUGAUGCACAACGCUUGCAGUUACAAGAACAUGGGCAGUGCAUUAAGAAACACGAAGAACAGUUUGAAGACCAGUUAGCAAGAAUUGAAAUCAUGCGAGAAAUAUUAGAUGAAAAUUCAAGUAAGGAUUGCCCGUGUAGUAGUUAUAUAAAAUAUUAAUCGCGUUAUAUUGCCAGAUUAUAUCGUAAUAUAUUAGAGCACUCUUGCGCCUGAGAUUCUCAAGGGUAAUCCCUGAUCAUAAGAGGCAAUAGUUCCGUUAUAACUGGUGUUGCUUAGUAGCUAGUGAUGUCAGUCAGACAACGCCGUAUCCAUCUCGUAUAGACUGCGCAUACAGACAGUAGUACCUAUCCUAUAUUGUAUAUUAUUCCUGCCUACUACCUUCCCGACAAAGCGCCUUCGCUCGAAACGUCGAAGUUCUCCUUGUAUUUUUCAGGUAGUUGAAUCCAUAUCUCUAUAUUAUUCUUGACACACUGAAAGACAACCCCUCAAACAUGAGAGACAAUGUUUUAUAUUAAAUAUUCUUCUGUUAAAGCUAGUGUCAGUGAGAUAUAUUAUAUUUCAAAGUUACAGACAUACCGAAUCUUUGCGCAGUAUAUGAUGGAUAUUUAUGGCCAUCACAGAUUGAGGUCUGUACUUAUAUAGUACUCACUCAAGGAUAGUUCUUAAAACAUAAGAGGCAAUAUUUUAUAGUCCUUUAGCUUCAUAUAAGUACCUAGUGGGGGCAUUAUUGAGGGCUAUAUUUUAUAAAUGCGUCCGUUCUAAAUAGCGGCUGGUCAUGUACAGUAUGAUUCUAAAACCGAAAGCCGUAUUCACACGUAAGUCAUAUAGAUAUUAUUGGACGUCUUGUCCGUAAAAAGUACACGUUUUGUAUUAGUGUCAGUAUCGUUUGUGUUCGUUUCAUUUUUCCGUGACCGAGAAUUUUCCAGUGCCAAGUAAUUUUAGAUAGCGACGUUGAAAGGUACUAUCACUCCAUAACACUUUACUAUAUAUUGUCUAAGAAAGAUGAAAUAAUAAAGUUUAUGACCUCACACACCAAAUAUGCAGUAUUUUUUUAUAUUUGAUAUUCCAAACUACAGCACUCGUCACAAAUGAAAAGUAAAAAUAUUCUCGACAAGAGACGUCAUCGUUCUAGACCACCAACAGCUUUGUACACCCUUGGCCUUGUCAAUUAUAAUCAAACUUUAUUUCUGUUCUCUUGCUAUUUUCCGAUCUUUAAAUCAUCAAAUUAAGUUCGUGUCAAUAUCAGUAACCUCUAAAAUUACUCAACUAUGUCAUGAACAUUUAUAACGAGUGAUAUUCAAUCUGACACUCAAGUCUUAUUAAUUAUUUAUCUUUUCAUUAUAUACCAAAAUUACAAGACGUUUAACGUGUUUAAAAACGUAGUUUAUAAAUUUAAAAGCACAUAAUAACAUAUAAAUACGGUUAACAGUCUCGCGAAAAUGCAGUUUGUCUCCACGUCCAUAAUUUUUUGAAAGUAUAUUCGCCUAACCAAAGAACAGACUGUGCAGAAAUAUAAUUAAGUUUCGCCAGGGGAUUUUCCAAGGAGGAGGUAAAAAAUGUCUUUAAUUGAGUUUUUUCCAUGUUUGUUUGAAACACUCUUGACCUCAGAUACGUCAGCAAACACCAGGGAGCGUUCAAUACUGUUUAAUUAAAGAAAGCCAAAGAAAACACACACAAGAAUAAUAGAACAACGCAUAUUUACAGUAUAUCAACAAUACUAAGCUUAAAAGACUUCCUUUUGUUGUUUAAGAAAUGAAGCAGCCGGAUAUCUCCAGAAAUAUACAAAAACACCAGGAAAAAAUACUUAACCCUUAAUUAAUGUGCCGUCGACGUCUCUGUCUGGACUACUUGAAAAGUCUUUUCCAAAAUAUACGGCGGCUUCUUGUAGGAACUGCCUAUACUAGACCGCAAAGUUUGAGAGCCAGAUGUAAACUACAUCAGUAUACAUGUUGACGUCUGUCUUCACUACUUCAGUAAGAUGGUGAUCAACUUUGGAAAUAUUGUCAAGAAAUUAAACUACAUCGCACAAUUUAAUUUAGUGUUAUUUUCUCACACUGACAACUGCAGGUUAACCAGCAUCUGUUGCACGAUAGUGCUGAACUGAAACUAUUUAUAAAUCAUGCAUUCCGUUUGUUUAGAUCAAGUAGGAUCAGAGAACAGCGUUCGACUGAUUUUGGAAGAUCACGAGAAAAGACUGAGUGCUUUAGAAGACCGUAUGGCAGUCUACGAGAAACAAGUAGAACGACGUCUGGCCGAACAACAUCAAUUGUUGAUAUUUACGUGGCUUGGUCUCAUUACAACGUUUGUCUUGUGUUUUGCAAUUGUUUGUUCAUGUUGUUGGUAUCGAUAA